AUGACUGAUGAAGAUGAAGAUGUUGUUAUAAAAGUAUUCGAGUUUUUAUUAUAUUUGUUUGAUAAACAGUAAUUCAUCAAUGUUUAAUAUUUUAUUGUAUCCUGUCUUUUGCUUUUUAGGAUUCAUUUUUAUAUGAACAUUUACAUAAAUUAGGUUACACUGACUUUGAGAGUGUAACAAUAGAAAAAUCAACGCCUAAAAAUGAGAAGAAAUAUUUUAAAUUAUUGGAUGACAGUGUAUCCAACAAACAGACUGAAGCUAUUUUAAGUGCAAAAAUUCUUUUAAAUGAUCAUGGUUGUGCAAUAUACAGUUUCCUUGAGAAAUAUGAAUGUAAACCGUGGAGGACUAUGAUAUUAAAAUUUAUUAUAUUUGGUACAGUUUUAUCAUCUUCAGUUUAUAUGUUUCAUAAUACCCGAUAUAAAAAUUUUGCUAAUUUAUCUACGUUAACUGUAUUAUAUUGUAUUAGUUACAUGGAAUUCUUAAGAAUGAAGGCACACAGGAAUUUAAAAUCUCUUGUGUCUUUGCAGAAUGAUUUUUUUGAUCUUUGUAAAAAGGGAAUGAAAAUCUUGAAGUAUGGUGAUCUUACAGCAGGUAGACUGAAAUACUUACCACCCAUAAUGGAAAGUUUAGUUAAAUAUUUAGGGGACAUUGCUUGCAUCUAUUAUCAUGCUUCUUUAACUCUUAUAAGACUGUUGGCGAUAGAUACUUAUAACGAGGAUUUAUUAACAAGAUUUGAGAGUAGAUCAUUUGAAAUACAUGGCGAAAUAAAUUAUCAAAAAUUGAAGGUUGAAACGAAAUGUCUUCUAGCACUUAUUCUACAAUUAAGAGGUACCCUAUAUCAUACUUAUAUCCUCACCCAGUCUGAGAUGUUGCACUUAUUAGCCAUAGCAUACGAUAAUCAUAUUUGGUGGCAAUCAUACAAAAAAAUUCCUGAAUUAAAAUUGGCCUAUAUAAUGGAGUUUUUAAUCAGAUAUUUAAGCAUGUAUAAAAAUAAAUUGUCAAAACAUAUUGAUGCUUAUUACAGUUUCAAAUUGGAGCCUAUGUCGUAUAAAUACAGAGGCCCAGAUUCAUCGCAAUGGCAAGACUUGUAUAUGCACGUUUAUUUAGCUUCUAAUAAAUUACAAUUGGCUUACAGCCACAUGUUGUCGAUACUCCAAGAUAUUGACAACGAUAUAAUUGAAAAUUUAACAGGCAAAGAUUGUACGGAGGACACGAUGCAAAAGUUAAGUGCAGCUCAAAAGUGCGUUGAGACCGCGAAAGAUUUUAUUGAGUUUAGUAGCUUGUUUCUUGUAAAAUCGCGAAUUAAUCACUCUGCGAUCGAUCAUUUGGAAAUGAAUAUUCCAUCGUCUGACGCAGAUUCGAAUAUCCGUGUUGUAACUGAUUCAGGGCCAGAAAUUAUGGAUGAAGUAUUUGAAGAAUACAUCAAAGAAGAAUAUUUGAAACCUUUGAGCGAGGAAGCCGACGAAAUAUCAUUGUACUACCAGAAACGAGAUAAAACAUUGUUUAAAAAUUUCAUGGCUGAAUUAAAGGACGCUUUAGUCGAUAAGAAAAAGUCCAUGUCUGAGAGAGAAUCGAGGGCGCUGGAGCGAAUGUACAAAGCUAUAACAACGAAAAGUACCUCAAAUGAUCAAUUUCAACGAAUUCCUACACCUCCACCGAUGCCUUUUUUUGAUGCUUCUUCCUCGAUAGAGAGUAAUAAUAAAAUUUCUAAUGAUGCGACUUCUAAACUGCAAUCAAGCAAAUUGUCUGAAAGCUCGAAUGUUGUCAAGUCGAUUAAUAAAAGUAUGGAAGAUUUAGAGAAGAAGAAUACGAGUAACACAUUGACAAAAGAAGAGUCACCGAUCAGUGCCAUACGUUUGCCAAGAGGAGCGGAAUUUUCAUCUUUUUUACCACCGUCAUUUUUAAAAUCGGAAGAAGAAACUUUUAUAGGAAGCGGUGAAAAUUCUGAGGAUGAUGAAGAAAUUAAAGCAGAGAAUGAAUGA